UACUUGCCUAGCCCAGAUUGUUGAGGUUGUUCCAAAAAAUGGCUGGUACUAUCUCUCUUGCACUCACUGUGGGAAAGAAGUUGAAAACUCAGACACAUCUCACCCCUGCGACCAGUGUCAUGAUCCCAAAGCCACCACUGUUGUACAAGGUUGAAUUAUUGAUUGAUGAUGGUGAAAAUUAUGCCACUUUCUUGGUGCUCGACAAGGAGAUGAUGAAGCUCCUUAAACAAGAUGCAGCAACUCUACUUGAUGAUGCGGUGAAUCAUGGACAAGGCAAUAAACUCCCGGAAUGUAUUGCAAAACUUCAAGGCCAAGUUUUUCUUUACCAUGUACAUGUGACACCAGACAAUUUCACCGACAGCACCCGUACCUUCACCGUUUCUGGGCUGACCGAAAUUCCUAACAAGGAGUUCUUUACCAUCAAGGCACACAAAAAUAUUAAAGUGGACUAUGGGGAAUCAUCAACUUCCGCUGCUGUCAGUGACACGUCAACAAAUGAAGCAGACAGAGGUUCUAGCACAAGCUCAAAUGGACCACAAGACAAUUUCGCCCUAGAGACUCUUUUUCUCUCUGGCACACCACCCAAGGUGCCGCUUCAAGGUCACCCUCCGACCUCCAUGGAUUCACACUGCAAGGUCUCUAUCGUCGUCUCCAUCCAAACCUCCAUUUAA